UAAUAUCCUUCAAAUAACAGAGAGCUUGCUACCCGAUGCAACUCGUUCUGCUUUCGUCAAUCGGAUGACAGAAUGCGUUCGUAAGAGCAACUUUCUGGGAUGCUCGAGAAGUGUGUUGUGGCCGAGUUUGUCAGAAUAUUUUCCUAGACUGCCCAGUUUUCCAAAUUUCGGAGGAUAUCUUCAAGCGACAAAUAGUAACUCCGCGUUAACUCGGAAUCUGACUGAUCCAUCACCGUUUUCGGAGACUGACGUUAGGGUUGGACAGCAUGGAGACGCUACUGUUACCAUCACGGACACCAGGUUCUAUCCCGUCUUUUCGGAACAUCCGGAAGGUGUAAUUUUAAAAAUUCUCAAGGCCGUGCAGCACUCUACGCCGGAUGUUCUCACUUCGACGGUUACUUCAAGAUCGCAGCAAUUCACGAAUUAUUUCACGGAACAGCAAGGUAAUAUUGUUCAGGUCGCAGAAAGUCUUUUACCGGAAUCAGUAAGACCAAUUUUCGUGGAAAAGAUGGUAACUUGCGUUCGAGAGAGCCCGUUCCUAGAGUGUACGAGGAAUAUAGCUUGGCCAACUAUUGCCCAGUUCUUCCCGAGGCUGCCAAACUUUCCCAAUUUUGGAAGUUACCAAACUCUACCGAGGAUGAAACUUGAUGUAUCAUCGAUCCUGCUGCAUAACACUUAUUCCGAUAACCAGACAUCUAACGAAAAGAGUGAGAAUACGCCCAAGAUUGAUCUAGAAACGGUCGAGGAGAAAAUAGAGGGUUCAUUGAAGGACCUGCUGAGCAAGAAUUCGUCGCCGCGUUUGGAAAAUUCCUACUUGGAUGUCAACAAUCCUGUGAUAGGCACUCUUCUAACUGCUCGGGAAAUGAACAUUGUUAGAUUAGCGGAGAGAGCGAUACCGGAUUCGAUACGUCGCGAAUAUGUAACCAACAUGCUGGAAUGCGCGAGAAGCAAUAAUUUCGUUACUUGCGCCCAGUAUGUCACUUGGCCGACCUUGAAGCAAUUUUCGCCGUCCCUACCGAACUUUGAGGAACUAUUUGAACAACUCCCUGGCGCAGGUCAGAUUCCUGGCAUCAGCCAGAUUCCUGGUAUCAGCCAGAUUCCUGGUAUCAGCCAGAUUCCUGGUAUCAGCCAGAUUCCUGGUAUUAGCCAGAUUCCUGGUAUCAGUCAGAUUCCUGGUCAAAUUCCCGGUAUCGGACAGUUUCCUGGCGUAGGUCAGAUUCCCGGUAUCAGUCAGAUUCCUGGAGCGGGUCAAAUCCCUGGUAUCGGCCAGAUUCCUGGAGCAGGUCAAAUCCCCGGUAUCGGCCAGAUUCCUGGAGCAGGUCAAAUCCCCGGUAUCGGCCAGAUUCCUGGCGCAGGACAAAUCCCCGGUAUCAGCCAGAUUCCUGGUGCGGGACAAAUCCCCGGUAUAGGUGGGCAGAUCCCGAGUAUUCCCGGAUUGGGAAAUCCUUUCGCCGACAGACCCGGCCUACCACAGUUUCCUUUCCCGCAAAUCCCUACGUUACCAGGCGGAGUUCAAACUGGCAUUCCUCAGUUUCCAGGAUUGCCUAGCUUUGGCGCCAUAAAUUACUCGCAAUUAGGAGUUUUGUCGGACACGCCGCAGGAGUCGACACCGCAGGAGCUGAAGCCGCAGGAUCAAUCAAAAGUUGCGGAAGCAGUGGAGCAGGCGAACCAGAUAAGUGGAGAAUCGAGAGCUUCGAACACUCCGUCAGUAGGCGAACAAGGAGUCGUCCCCGGAUAUUUUGGGCAACCGUCAGACAUCCUCAUAGAUAUUUCCAAGGAAAAAGUCCAUUUGUCUGAUCUUGAGCAACGGCGAAGUUCAUUGUCGGAAUCCGCUCUCUCGGGCGCGUCGUCCAAAAAACACGAAAGGAAACAAAGAAGUACCGAUAAAUUAUUAAGUUCUUACCACGAGACCGAGGGAAAAAUUGAACAGACGUCUUCGGAGACGACAAUGGACAACGUGUUCCCGAACAUCACGGAAUCCGAAUUUCUUCAGCUUCUAGUUAAUAUUUCGAUUUCCGAGAAAAUUUUGGAAAGGAGACCCGAGGAGAAUCCAAAGGAAUACUUCGUGGAUACGUUAAAUUAUACAGUCAGGAAUUCUCUAACCGCCGAUCAGUACGAGAUCUUGAAGCUGGUGGAGGACUUGAACGAACAAACCGCAAACCGCGGUUUCCUGUCACGGGUAAUGCAGUGCAUACUCAGCUUGAGCUUCAUCAGAUGCAUGGGCAUUUUCGUCUGGCCAGUUAUCACUAGUGCCGUACCAUCUUUAAUCGGUCUACCGUCCUUGCCCGCAUUUCCUCUUGGAGGCCUCGGUAUUCUCGGAAGAUCAACGGAAACUGAAGUACAGCAUUUCUUUGGAAUGUCCACGAGCGAUUUCGAAAAGGAACUGCUGAUCAGGAAGGCAUCCACGGAAAAUAUUCUUCUGGAUUGGUACAAGAUGGCGAUGGAGGAUAAGUUUCAGGUAGAUCUGGGUUUCCUGAAGCUCACGGGCUACGGGAAUGGCGAAGUCGGCAUUAGCUUCGGCGGAUUCCGCGAGGGUAGAGCUACGAAGAUCAAAGACAACAAGAACUUGCCGAGUAUCCUGACGAUCAUCAGCGAUAUCAUGGAAGAAGUACUGGACCAGCGGCCGGACAACGAGAAGCUCAAGAAGGAGAAGGAGAAGAAAGAGAGGAGUCUGGAUGACGUGCAAGAGGCGAACUUCCAGCUUCUGCAAGAGAGCGACGAGUACGCGGACAUUAAGCGGUCCAUAAACGACGAUCAGAUAAUUAACAUGUUUCUAGAUAAAAUCAAGGCCAACGCGACGGAUUUCGCCGAUGGUGAUGUCGCUCAGUUUCUCAACGUAGAGAACGCUUACAACGCUUUCAGCGUACUCUUCGGGACCCGUUUGAACGAAAAGUUCGCGAGUAGAUUAAAGGUUUUUACCGAGGAAUUGAAGAACAACAAUCCGGAGAAUAAUCCAGAGAAGCAUAUAAAAAAUCUCAGCACAGAGGAACUAAAAGUAAUACCUCCGAAGGAAGAAAUUACUUACGAGUUUGAAAAAGAAUCUAUAGAAAGUGACGAGGAACGCAAAAGGGAACAUCGUGCAAAGAACGAGCUGAGAUCUAUGCUGAACGAAUAUUCAGAAAUAUUAGCAAACCAGGAAGUUUCUACGGAAAAGAUUGAGGAUUCAGAUAACGAAAACAACAUCAGGGACACCGAAUCGCCCUCCGACAAGAAUGUACGCUCAGAAUUGAGGAUUCAGCUGCCACGUUUGCGAGAGGACUUUAUGUCCAGAAAAGUCACGAACGCGGUGAUGCAUCUCGGAAGAGCAUUGAAGAUGAAGAUGAGCACUUUGAUGCCCGGAAUCGGUUUCGUAGUAUCUUUCCUCAUCCAAAUGGCCUUGGCUCACGCGAGGGCGGCUGCUUCUAUGGCUGGUAUGAUCAGCAACAUGGCCCUCGCAUCGGCUGUAUUCGGUAUGCUCCGACAGAGUCUGUUCGGCUCGGAAAAUCCGCAGAUCAAAUAUGUAUACGACAAUGAUAAGACGGGUCCGGGGAUUACUUGGCCGCACCACCAUAGGUCAUAUUAUCAUCACGGAAAAUAG